AUGACGCUUCAAAUCUAUGCCGAACUUCUCUCACGCCCUUGGAUGGCUGCAGGGGCAGUCGCUGUUAUUUGGGCCCUUGUGCACAUUACACGACUAUUACUGGAUCCCCUCCAUGACAUACCAGGUCCGCUAGGGGCUCGGUUGUCCCGGAUUUGGUACCUACGUGCUGUCAGCAAGGGAAAUUUUGAGAAAACGAAUAUUGACCUCCAUCGAGUCCACGGACCAAUUGUCAGGAUUGCUCCGCGACAAUAUAGCCUUGACAGCCCUGAGGCGAUUCGCACGAUCUACUCACAUUCCUCAUCUUUCAUCAAGGCACCAUGGUACUAUGCCAGUGGGAACCCGAAUCCGGAAUCUCAUGACCUGUUUACAGAUAGAGAUCCGCGACGCCAUAGUACCAAUCGACGAAAGGUAGCAUCGCUGUAUAGCAUGACCAGUCUGGUACAGAUGGAGUCCUGCGUCGCGGAGUGCACUGCUCUGUUGCUACAGAAGUUCACCGACUUUGCGGCAUCUGGUCGAUCAUUCAACCUGCAGCACUGGAUGCAGUGCUAUGCCUUUGAUGUGAUUGGGCUUAUUACUGUCAACAAACGAUUCGGAUUUCUCGAUAGCGGAACGGACCAAAGCUCGCUGAUUUCUGCUCUUCACGCUUACCUUGUCUACGCUGCCAAUGUUGGCGUUUACGCGGAGUGGCAUCCUAUACUGACCAAGAUUGUCGCUCGUCUUCCAUCCUCCGGGAUGGCGCACUUGCAAGCCUUCACAGCUCAGCAUAUUGCUGAAGCCCAGACCAAUCCACCAAUGGAUGAGGAUGACCAGCGCUCCUCGGGAACUUUCCUGAAAAGACUUCUCAACAUGCACGCGCAAAAUCCAGAGAAGAUUAGCAUGGCGGACAUCUUCACUACCUGUAUCACCAAUAUCGGGGCAGGCUCCGAUACAACCUCUAUAUCGCUCACAGCAAUCCUAUACAACGUAUCUAAACAUGAGAGCAUCUACCAAAAGCUCCGCGAGGAGAUCGAGCUAGCCGAUGAGCAGGGCAAGCUGUCUUCGCCAUUUAUCACGUUUCAAGAGGCUCAGAAUCUACCAUACCUCCAAGCGUGCAUAAAAGAGGCUCUACGUUUACAUCCUGCGACUGGGCUCCCUCUCGCUCGGGUUGUCCCAAAGGGUGGAGCAACACUAUCUGGCAGAUUCUUUCCUGAAGGCGAAAUUGUCGGUGUGAACGCGUGGGUUAUCCACCGGAACGAGUCAGUGUUUGGGCCCGACACGCCUUCGUAUCGCCCGGAGAGGUGGCUAGAGAACACAGCGCGGUCCUCGGAAAUGGACCGUAAUUUCCUUGCCGUAAGGUUCCUUCGUCCUCCUACAGCUACGUACACCCUAGACCCGGAGCUAAUCAGUGCCGUUGGUGUCAGUUCGGCGCCGGGGCGCGCACCUGUAUUGGAAAGAACAUUAGCUUAA